CGUACACACACACACGUAGACACACACACACGUACACACACACAUGUAGACACACACACAUAUAGACACACACACGUAAAACCACAUACACGUAAAAACACACACACAUGUAAAAACACUCACACACGUACACACACACACGUAAAAACACACACACACAUAUAGACACACACACACAGGUAGACACACACACGCGCACGUAAAAACACACACACACACGUAGAAACACACACACAACAUGUAGACACACACACACACAGGUAGACACACACACACACACACGUAGAAACACACACACAACACAUAUAGACACACACGCACACACAGGUAGACACACACGCGCGCACGCUGCAGGGAGGCGUGUAACCGGUUUGGGUUGAAUGCGCAUCGCAGGGGCGUCAUCACCGCCUCCAAUUGCGCAAAAAACACAACAAAGUUGUCAGCGCGGCACAGCGCGGAGCUCCAACGAUCCACCUCCACCGAGAGUCUGCCGGGACCUCUGGUAGUCCACCAGUUCAUCUGUGAGUCGACCGGAACCUCUGGGAGUUGACCAGUUUAUCUGUGAGUCGAUCAGAACCUCUGGGAGUUGACCAGUUCCUCUGUGAGUCGACCGGAACCUCUGGGAGUUGACCAGUUCAUCUGGGAGUCGAUCAGAACCUCUGGGAGUUGACCAGUUCAUCUGUGAGUCGAUCAGAACCUCUGGGGGUUGACCAGUUCAUCUGUGAGUCGACCUGAACCUCUGGGAGUUGACCAAUUCAUCUGUGAGUCGACCGGAACCUCUGGGAGUUGACCAGUUCAUCUGGGAGUCGACCGGAACCUCUGCGAGUUGACCAGUUCAUCUGUGAGUCGAUUCGAACCUCUGGGAGUUGACCAGUUCAUCUGUGAGUCGACCGGAACCUCUGGGAGUUGUCCACCAGUUCAUCUGUGAGUCGAUCGGAACCUCUGGGAGUUGACCAGUUCAUCUGGGAGUCGACCAGUUCCUCUGGGAGUUGACCGCGACGUCUGGAAGGGCAGAAGUUCCGCUGGGAUUCCAGGCGGAACGCCUCCACAUUUCCGCAAGCCACCUCUCAAGUUGCUGGCUAUACAAGCAGCACGGAAGGUCGACCAGACCCCCUGGGGGUCCACCGUUGCAUCUGAAAGUUUGCCAACGCGGUGGGGAGUGCUCAAGGAACAGAUCCGCACCAGCAUUGAGGGUCCACCACCAGCAAGCACGGAAAGUCCACCGGUACGUAGAGUCCAGCAGUACCUGCAAGGGUCCACCACCAGUGCCGAAAGUCCACCACCUCCACCACCGGGAAUCCGACGAAUCUUGGGCGCAGGCGAAUCGGUGGCCCUCCCAGAUAGCGACUAGGAGAAGACGCUGGACAAACAACAACAAGACCCACCACCACCUCCACCACCACCACUAGCAGCCUGCCUCAUUCUCCAGGAGUCUAACCGGGGCUGGCCAAGGUUCGAUGGCCGAGUGUUCCAACCGCUCCUUGGGCCGUUGUGCAUGGGCCUUCGUGUUGGCCCUGGUGUUCGACGUGGUGGGCCUUGUCAUGAUCCUGGUGGGCAUCUUCGCCAACACGGUCGCCUACUACGACUUCCUCAUCUACACGGGGGCCAUCAUCGUGUUCCUGAGCAUCAUCUGGUGGCUCUUCUGGUUCAUGGGCAACAUCACGGCGACUGAGAGCAAAUACGACCGCGUGGCCGUCACGUCCCGGUCGUUCUCGAGACCGUGGGUGCGCUCCAGCCGCAACCAGACCCACCAGCACAGCAAGCGCGCCCCCCCCAACCACCACCACGACGGCCCCCCCAACGGGAGCCACCACAACCAAAGUUUCAGCAACGACGUCGCGGGCGUCAAGAACGGCGCGUUGCCCGCCGCGGUCGUGGCCAGCGGCGGGGGGCCGGCGCGUGGCUGGCAGCAGUGCGGGCAGGACGACACGGCGGCCACGGCGUUCUGAAGCGCCUGGCGCGGUGUGGUGGUGGGAGCAAGGGCUCGCUGCUCACCACGGAGCCAAGGACGACCAAGAAACCUCACCCCUGCCACUCACCCCUACCACUCACCCCGACCACUCACCCCAGCCACUCACCCCUACCACUCACCCCUGCCACUCACCCCUACCGCUCACCCCUACCACUCACCCCUACCGCUCACCCCUACCACUCACCCCUACCGCUCACCCCUACCACUCACACAAGCCACUCAUCCCUGCCAUUCACCCCACCCACACUCACCCCUACCACUCACCCCUACCACUCACCCCUACCACUCACCCCUACCACUCACCCCUACCACUCACCCCUACCACUCACUCUUGCCAACCAUUCCACUCACCCCUACCACUCACACAAGCCACUAACCCCUACCACUCACCUCUACCACUCACCCCUACCACUCACCCCUACCACUCACCCCUACCACUCACUCUUGCCAACCAUACCACUCACCCCUACCACUCACACAAGCCACUCAUCCCUUACACUCACUCUUGCCAACCAUACCACUCACCCCCCUACCGCCUAUCACUCACCCCCCUACUGCUCACCCCAACCACUCACCCCUACCGCUCACCCCCCUACCACUCACCCCUACCACUCACCCCUACCACUCACCCCUACCACUCACCCCCCUACUGCUCACCCCUACCACUCACCACUACCACUCACCCCCCUACUGCUCACCCCUGCUGCACACGUGGCCGCUGGACAUCGCCAAGGAGACAGGCUGAUGAUGAUGAAGCUGCUGCUGCGAAAACGGCGGAGUGGGGGGGGGGGGCUAGUGCCCCCCACACUCCCGGGUGGGGGCGGAGGGGGGCUAUUGCCCCCCACACUCUCGGGGGGGGGGAGGGGGCGCCGUGGGUGCCGUCACCGGUUCGGAUUCACUCCGGCGCGCUCGGUUAUUUAAACUCGCGUCUCCUCGUGUUUGCGUGCUCCGUGAACCGCGCGGUGCCAUUGACUCUGCUGUCCUCCUCCUCGUGGUCAUCGUGGUGGUGAGGAUGAUGAUGAUGACGACGGUGACGGUGACAGCGGUGGAGGAUGUUGCUGUUGUGGUGGUGGUGGAGUGGUAGGCGAAGUGGUGGAGUGGUAGACGAAGUGGUAGAGGGGUAGAGUGGUGGAGGAGUGAUGGUGUUGGAGUGGUAGGCGUAAUGGUGGUGGAGUGGUGGGCGUGGUGGUGGAGUGGUAGGCGUAGUGGUGGUGGAAUGGUGGUGGAGUGGUAGGCGAAGUGGUGGAGUGGUGGGCGUAGUGGUGGUGGACUCACCACACGAGUUUACAGGAUAGUGGCAAUAGGCGCGAUACGCUACGUUUUUUAUGGGGGGGAGGGGGGGGCUGGGGUGUUUAUAUUUGUGAGAGGGGGAGGUGGAGGGUGAGAGAUGACCGGACGGGUCUCCGUGGGGCUCUGUGAAAAGUGGGGGGCGCCAGGGGGGGGGGCACUUUUGGGGUCCAUGGCCAAGACCCCCUGAGGUCGAUCAUCAUCAAUUGAGGAACAUCAGAUCAGAGAUUUUAUUUGAGCCGGAAAUGUCCAGGGCUGAGUUCCGGAAAAUAUGCAGCCGACCUCCAUUCCCCCCCCACCCCCCGUCCCUAUUCUAGAGCCCCCCCACCCACUUCCCUGUGCCCCUUUUCCCAGCCCUCGGGUCCCCCAGGGGUAAGGGGCCGUCCAUAAAUGACGUCACGCACUUAGGGGGGGGAGUCAGACAUUUGUGACGAUGGGUGACGAGAGGGGGGUGGGGGGGGGUUGAGAAAUGUGACGUCACAUCAAAAUGCGCAACUUUAAAUAAAUAUAGACAACGCGUUCUACUUAAUUAAAUAGACUUUUUAAUAAAUGUUUAUCCUACAACAUCAAGUGCAGCGCCACAUUAAAUACGCACUACACAAUAGUUUAAAGCGAUUUGAAGCAUUUUUUUUGGGGGGGGGGGGGGGGCAAAGCUUCGUGACGUCAUAUUUGAGGGGGGGUCUGACUUUUUGUUACGCCGUGUGACAAAGGGGAGGGGGGGGGGUCAAAAAUCGUCCAAAAUCGCGUGACGUCAUUUAUGGACGGGUCCCUAAGGGGUUCUGUUCGAGUCCCCGACAGUGAAAUGUUUCUCGAGCCAAAUGUGCAUAUUUUUUGUAGAUAUAUUAUUGUAUUAAUGCGCCCGUGUGUGUUUGUAUGUAUAUAUAUGUGCGUGCGCGCGGUUGUUUAGCUCGUUGUGUAGGCGUUCUACUGACUGUGAUGAGGAAUUGUGAGAAGUUGCAAAUCCCGCGACGGAAUGCGAGUGACAACCCAUCCACCCUGCUUGCCGGCUUCCUUGAGUCAUCGGCCUAAAUAUAGAUUUCUCUCUUGGGUA